AUGGGUGACCUUGGUUUAGCCCCUCCAGACUACCUCUCACAAAGCUUUUGUGUGCCUGAAAAAAUAAGCUACAGCCAUAAAGUCCUCCAGGUUACCUCCUGCAAGGUGCUACAGGAGCAGCAGGUGAGGACGCUCUUUGUCAGUGGGUUGCCUCUGGACAUCAAGCCCCGGGAACUUUACCUGCUCUUCAGGCCCUUUAAGGGCUACGAAGGGUCUCUCAUCAAACUCACCUCCAAGCAGCCCGUGGGCUUCGUCAGCUUUGACAGCCGCUCCGAGGCAGAGGCGGCCAAGAACGCGCUGAACGGCAUCCGCUUCGACCCCGAGAUCCCUCAGACGCUGCGGCUGGAGUUUGCCAAGGCCAACACCAAGAUGGCCAAGAGCAAGCUGGUGGGCACCCCCAACCCCAGCACGCCUCUCCCCACCGCCGUACCUCAGUUCAUCGCCCGAGAGCCCUAUGAGCUCACAGUGCCUGCACUUUACCCCAGUAGCCCUGAAGUGUGGGGGCCAUACCCUCUGUACCCAGCGGAGUUAGCACCUGCUCUACCUCCUCCUGCUUUCACCUAUCCCGCUUCGCUGCACGCCCAGAUGCGCUGGCUCCCACCCUCCGAGGCUGGUUCUCAGGGCUGGAAGUCCCGUCAGUUCUGCUGA